GGUAUGUGUUAACAACAAUAGAUCCUUGUAGAUGCAUGGUGAUAUAAACAUGGCGUACAGGGGCAGUAUUUUGUAUAUUGGUUUAUCCAUCGCAUUUCUUCCGUUUUCAAGUUCAGUUCCUACCAACACUAACUUGGUCUACGCAUGCCAAACUAAUGGAUGGUACAUCCGGCUGGACACCACGUCAUUUGGUUACGGGGUGACGUCAUCCACUGCUGAUGACGUUUCCCUGGGGACAGAAAAAUGCAAAGGCAGAAAGGAAGGUCACGACCUAGUAUUCAGACACCCGUAUGGAGCGUGCAGCACGGAUAUCUCGGUUAGUAAAAGUAGGGUGUGGUUCACGAACACCCUGUACAUGGCGAACACCAGUACGGCACUGGCCGUGGCCUGGAACAUCCAGCUGGCGUGCUACAUGGACGACGUACAGACACAACGAGUACGGUAUACGCCACUGCGCAUGACCACUCAAUCUGUUUACGCACAGACGACACGCGAACAACAGACCACCAUGCAGCAACUGACUGAAACAACAACGGACACGUAUGUUACGACAUACAGCCAAUACACAACGGCAACAGAACAAUCCACAGCAGGUGCAUCUGAGCCACCCCAAACAAGACAGACCGCUGUACCAGCUGUGUGCAACGUCUGCAGCGGCGGGCCAUGCGGCAUCCUCCCCGCAAUGGAAAAGACGAUGAAGUGCCCUCCGGCGGAACCGUUCUGUAUGAACUCAGUCAACAAGGAUGCUCAGGGGCAUUUGACAUAUGUGAAAGAGUGCGCUGGGCAGCCUCGUUGUGAGAAGCUAUGGUGGGAGCAGACCUCUGAUGACCAGAACUGUAUCCCCUUGAACACCGGCUACUCGGGGGAGUUGCAGUGCCACUACUGUUGCACAAAAGACGGAUGUAACAGAGACUUUGUCCCUAAGACUGAUACGUUGUACAAAGGACAGGAUUAAUUUACUGGCAAACAAGGAUAAGUUGAGCACCGACCUGACAAUUAACCCGCAUGUAUGAGUGCCGCCCACUGGCGCUUGCCAUUGUGAGCGAAGGGGCCCCAGGUUGUCCGUGAUCAAGUGUAGUGCGACUUGCU